AUGUCCUCGCCCGCUCGACCGUCGAGCUCAGGGCAAGCUCACCCGCUCUUUGCCGGAGACUCGCCCACAAAGUCGCCUGCGCCCUCUUCGCUCGUCAACCGUCCCAUCUGGGGACAGCGCAAUGCAGCCAAGGUCGAUUACAGCGUCGAAUCCCCUUCUACUCGACAGCGACGCUCCGUCAGUCGUUCCACUUCCUAUCGUGACGGCUCCGGUGCAGAGCCAUCUUCGGCAUCCUCUUCCACAUCUGGUCACCCUCCCGCUCACGCUGACGACGAUGUCUUCACUUCGCGCGCUGCUGCAGCCGAUUAUGGCGACCAUGAUCACUCGACAUCCUACAUCCCACGUACUGGUCGCGUCAGCAGCUAUGACCUCCAGUUCGAUGACGCUGAAGAGGCUUCGAUAGAGCACGAGUCGCUCUUUGGUGCGCCUGGCCCUUCUUCCUCGCGACUCUUCGACCGCGAGCUGGCAGCACCCAGACCCACUCGUUCUUCCCAGAUCCGAGCCUCUCAUGCUACUGCUUUCGUCGGCUCUCCUGACCAAACACCCAUGCCCAAGCAACAGCACCUCCUCCGUCCCCGUUCUCGCUCCAGCUCCCGAGAUGGCGCUGCUUCGCCUUCAGAAGGGCGCAGACGGCGCAGCCCAGCCAUCAACGGCGCACAUCCACACAGUUCCACGACCAGCAACAGCAACAGAGUCCAUGACCUGGCUCGAGAAGUGGAGUUUCCGCUAGAUUGGCUGCAACAGCUGCAUCGACUUGGUGAUGUCGACCUUGAUUUGGCACUGUCGGGACCGCUCUCGCAUCGUCCCGUUCACACCCCCCAGCAGCCACGCGAGUCGACGCCCGUCAAGUCAUCCACCUCUGCUGUUGCACGCAAGGACAGCAAACCGCCGUCGUAUUCCAUCCAGCUCACGAAAGCACUCUCCAGAGCACUUGCAGAAGCGCACACGGAACUCGACAAGCUUCGCGCAGCGACAGACCAAGAUCGUUUGCAGCACGCACAAGAAAUGGAACACCUGCAGCAGCGCACCGAGUCCAGAGAAGCUGCCCUCACCGCGCUCUGCCUCGAGAAUGGCAUCAAACAGGGUCAAAUCCAUCGCAGCCUCCUCCGAGCGCCCAUCCUCGACGCAGAGGCGCUCAAACGGAAACGCAUCGCCGAGCAUCAGCAAAGUCUUGCCCAGGAGAAGGCAGGCAUUGAGCCGCCUGCGGAUCCGACAGAGCGAGCCCUUCCGGACUCGUUGCAAGAAGCCAUGCUCGAUGACCUCGAUGUCACCAACACUUCCAUUGUCGCCCGUUCCCCGUCGCUGAAGCCGUCGAGCGUUCACAGCGCGACCGACGCAUCUCAACGCGAUCGCAGCCCAUCUGUACGCUCUCACAAGACAUCAGCAUCGGAGAGCGUCACCACCUCGUCGCAUCGUCAGCGCGGCAAGUCGCUUUCCAUCUCGAUCGCGUCUACCAAUGGCAAAGACACCGACACGCGCAGUCUCAAGUCGUCAUCAGCGUCCAUCACUGACACGAUCAGCACCAGCCCUUCUUCAAAUCAUCGCACCGCUGUGCUCAAAUCGUCUCCGAACCCGCCGGCCUCUCCCCAAUCGAUUCACAAAGCCAAGUCUCCGAGCAUUGCAUCGCCUCGCGCCAGAAACGCCUCCUCAAGUACAUCCGCAGGUGGAGUGCUCGGCGACUGGGCUAGCGGCUUGCUGCCAUGGUCCGGUGGCGGCGCAUUACGCAAAGCAGCGCCAAGCACUGCGCCGAGCAUGGUCAAAGCCACCAGCCCCGGUCGACGCGAGAUGGCCGAGUCCGCCGCCGCCCUCGAUACUGCAGGUAAGCGGUCCGUGAGUGCAGGCAAAUCGUCUAAGGUGGCUUCGGCAUCGACCUUUGCACGAGCGUUUGGUCGCUACACGCGCUCGUCACCCGCACCCGAGACGCCUCCUCCAGCACCGCAGCCCAACGUCACGCGUCUGCCCGAUACCUAUCAAUUUGAUCGCCAGGGUCUGGACCCAAGCAAUUCGCUUUCGACACUGGACAGUGCGUCGAUGCUGGGUCUUCCUUCGCCACGACCACCCAGCGCUGCUGUCGAACUGGAGCCCAUCUUGCCCACCGAUGCAGCGCCGCCGACACUCCUUCGACGCAAGAAGAAGGGUCGCAAGAGUGGCUCGGGUGUCGAUGCUGGUACAGGCAGCGGUGCGGCCAAAGUCAAGACGGACCAGAGCCAUUCUGGCCUAGGCAGUCAGACAAGCGAUGGCCAAGCCGGCUCUUCAUCGCCGAGCGCAGACGCGUCCGUCGUCGCCAGACAGAGACGUGCCGCUCGAUUGAGCACGCUGGACGAGGAAGAGAGCUCUGGCGACGAGUUUGAAGUGUACGGUGGCAAGGCACCCGUACCCGGCUUCACAAACCUCACGGACACAACAGCAGGAGCGGCAACGCUGAUGCCAACCGGCACCAUGGUCGCCGACUCCUCCAUCGUCCUUCGUCCCGUCGACGACUCGGACACCGACAGCGAUCUCGAAGAGGAUUUGGAAGUGCUCACCGACCGCUACGGCUUCAUCUACAAUCCGACGGAUGCCGACAUUCGGCUGCUGCGACAGGCGAGGAAAGCAUCCGCACCAGCACCCGCCACGCUCACUGGCAUCAAGGUCGGCAUUCGAGCGCGUGGCGGCACCGACAGCCAGAGCGACGACGACAAGAACGAUCCUGACCUUGACACUGCCGACUCGUCCGAAGACGAGAUGGAUCUGUCGCGCGCUGUCAAGGUCAAUCGAUCUGUCUUGCCCUCGCAGGUGGAUCACAACGACGUCCAGCUUCUGGCUGGCUCUCGCUCCACCUCACCGGCUCCCUCGACGGGUGCAGCCUCAGGCAUGGAAGGCGCCGCUUCCGACGAUGGCGGCGCAGCAGCAGACGGCACCGGCAGCAAAGACAAACGCGCAAAGCGUCGGAGCAACCUGUUGACGGUCCCGGACAGCAAGCCUGUACAAGCGGAAUUGUUGCCAGUCAGUGCCGUAUCUAGGCCGUCGCCCUCUCCCACGCGCAGCAGUCCCACCAAAAAUCGACGCGGAACCCGCUCCAAUACGUCUUCUCGAUCCGCGAGUCCUGUCAAGGGAGGAGGUCAGGCGAACCUUGGGCUCCCAUCCAUCUCGAACACCGUCCGUCGACUGCUCACGCAGCUCAAAGACAUGCACGACACACAGCAGAUGGAGCAGAAGCAGCGAUGGGAUGCGUUCCUAGAACGCAGGCGAGCGCAACUCCAUGCAGCCGACACGAACGGCACGAGCAGUGGCUCCGCUGCAGCGCAAACCCACAGCAGCGCCGCCAAGACGUCCAUCGCGAGCUCAGCUUCCAGCAAGACGAAAGCGCUUCUGGCAGGAGGACUGUUCGGCGGUGCGCCCGCCGACGGCGCCAAAGCGCUCAGCUCGGCCGAAAAGGCGCCCGAAGAAGACUGGUCGUCCGGCAUGGUCGGCGUCAACCGCAUGGGCGAUUCCAAGACGGGCAAGGAAGACUGGCGCGAGUUCCUCGCUCUCUGCCAAACGGGCAUUCCGCUCUGCUAUCGUGCUCGCAUCUGGGCCGAGUGCAGUGGGGCCAACGACAUUGCCGAGCCAGGACGCUACCAGGAGCUGCUAUCGGACCACCAGGGCGAGACGAACGACUGUCUGACCCAAAUCGAUUUGGAUGUGCACCGCACCAUGCCGACCAACAUCUUCUUUGGCGGCGAUGGACAGGGGGUUGCCAAGCUGCGCCGACUGUUGGUUGCGUUUAGCUGGUACAACCCCAACACGGGUUACUGUCAGGGGAUGAACAAUCUCGCUGCGACGCUGCUGCUGACGCACGCUACCGAAGAGGAGGCGUUCUGGGUGCUCGUCUGUCUGAUCGAAAAAAUCCUCCCGAGCGAGUACUACACGUCGCACCUGUUGGUCUCGCAAGCCGAUCAGCGCGUGCUCAUCGAUCUGGUGGAGGAACACAUGCCCCGGUUGCACGCGCACAUCGCCGAACUGGGAGUCGAUCUGCCCGCCAUCACAUUCGCCUGGUUCCUCUCGCUCUACACCGACUGUCUACCGGUCGAAACGCUGUUCCGGGUGUGGGACGUCAUGUUCGUCGAAGGCAUGGUGAUCCUCUUCCGAGUCGCGAUGGCGAUCCUCAAGCUGUACGAGUCCGAGCUGUUGGCCACGACGAGCGCGUCGAGCUUCUAUGCCCUGGCUCAUUCGGUGACCAGUCGAUUGUUUAGUACGGACAGGCUGGUUCAUUUGGCGUGUACGGAGUUGAAGGCGAGCAUCCGAUACGCCGACAUUUUGGGGAGACGGGAGCGACAUGUGGCCGAUCUGACGGUCGAACUUGGUCUCAACGAAUGA